AUGGGAGAAUUAACUUUCUUCCAUGGGCUUCAAGUCCUCCAGUUAGAAAAAGGGACCCUCAUUAAUCAGGCCAAAUAUACCAAUGAACUGCUAAAGAAGUUUGGAAUAGAGGAUUGUUCUGCCGCAGCCACUCUAAUGAGCUCCUCUAAUAAAUUGGAUAAAGAUGAAGGCGGCCAAAAUGUUGAUGUAAUAGCAUAUAGAGGACUUAUCGGAUCCUUGCUAUAUGUAACUGCUAGCAGGCUAGACAUUCAGUUUGCCGUUGGAGUUUGUGGAAGAUUUCAUGCUAAUCCUAAACUUUCUCACUUUACUGAUGCUAAAUGGUACAAAAUUGACAAAAAAAGCACGAGUGGAACUUGCCAGUUCCUUGGAGAUCGUCGCAUCUCAUGGUUCAGUAAGAAGCAGACGUCAGUUGCCACGUCUACAGCAGAAGUAGAGUACCUUGCAGCUGGCAAUAAUGGUGGCUAUCACAAUGGUGUACCCAUCAACUGGACAAGCUUUCUCUUCGGAAACCUUGUCAGAAUGAUUUGUGCCCGGAAAACGAUCUUUGGUAUUGAUGGUCCUCUUCGUGCUUUCCUUUGCUUCCUUCUUGAUGAUCCUGGUAACGGGUAUCAUCUAACUUCAAACUAUGAACAACCAGAAGGUUGUUGA